AAUCAAUUAUGAUAAUGUUGACACAAACAUUGUUUAUUAUUUCCUCUAUAUAAAAUCAAUGGUGGAUGUAACAAGAAAUGCAUUGCUUAUGUGAAACUACAUAUUUACCUAUACAACACCAGACUUGAUUUAAUUAUACUCCGGCGCCAUGACGAAUAUUAAUAGCUCUAUAACUAAAAAUUUUAGAUGGUCUUUAGCUGGAACCACGGCUCUAGUCACUGGUGGUACACGUGGAAUAGGAUAUGCUGUGGUUGAGGAACUAGCCGAGUUAGGCGCAGCAGUGCACACUUGUUCUCGCAACGAAGCUGAGUUGACCAAAUUGCUGGAACAAUGGACCGCAAAGGGCUUCGCGGUUACUGGUUCUGUUUGCGAUGUAACUUGUCGUCUGCAACGCCAACAACUUCUUGAAAAAGUUGCGUCUCAGUUUAGUGGCAAACUGAACAUUCUGGUGAACAAUGUUGGGACUUACAUAAUGAAACCUACUGUAGAGUAUACUCCAGAAGAAUACUCUAUGGUUAUGACCACCAAUUUGGAAUCAUGUUAUCACAUAUGUCAACUUGCACAUCCUCUUUUAAAGUCAUCAGGGUCUGGAAGCGUUGUUUUCAUUUCCUCAGUCGCAGGUCUCGUUCACUUAGUCUCUGGAUCGCUUUAUGGAUCCACAAAGGGUGCGAUGAAUCAGCUUACAAGGAAUUUAGCAUGUGAAUGGGCUAAAGAUAACAUUCGGACCAACGGUGUAGCACCAUGGAUCACUAAAACCCCCCUUGUUGAAGAUUUACUUAAUAAUAAGGAGGUGAUGGAUAGAGUAGCAUCCAGAACUCCCCUGAAACGACCCGCAGACCCAAAUGAAGUUUCAUCUCUCGUCGCAUUUCUUUGCCUACCAGCAGCUUCUUACAUCACCGGCCAAAUAAUUGCUGUUGAUGGAGGGUUUACGGUAAACGGGUUUGACUAGUUAAGUGUUAUUUGUGUAUUGUGUAUGUGCCUCAGUGCCUAAUUCAUGUUGAUGUGAAAAUUUAAUUUUAACCAUCUGCUUUCUGCUUCA